AUGCAAAAAACAGUGAGUCUGGUUUCUCUGCUGGUCUUGGAGUGGGCCUGGGCCCUCCAUGGGGCCCCUGUACUCCCAGAAACUCUUAUUCCAACACAGGACAACUUUGAUUUAGAACGGUUCCUGGGAAAAUGGUACGAGGUGGCAGUGGUUUCCAACUGCCCACACUACAUGCAGCGUAAGACAGGAAACCCUGUUAUUGUUGCACUGGAGAUGCAACAUGUAACUUCAGAGAGUAACGUCACAAUGACAGCCUCUUUGUUCAGAAAUGGCUUAUGUAAGAAGACACUGACUGAUUACAGUCUGACAGACACUCCAGGACGAUUUUUCUACCACAUUGCCAGGCUCGGAGUAGAUGUUGAUGCUUUUGUGGUUCAAACCAACUAUGAUGAGUAUGCACUGAUGAUUCUGCUGAGCACUGAAAUAUCCUCUGGAAAUAAAACAACCAUAGUUAAGCUUCAUAGUCGGUCCAAGGAUGUGAGUCCAACUGUACUGGAGGACUUCAAAACACUGGUCCGACAACAAGGAAUUGAUGAUAACACAAUAAUCAUGAAUCAGGACAAAGGUGAAUGUGCUCAAGGUGAGCACAUGACAGCCAAUGUUCCCCUACAGAAGUCAAAAAGACAUGUGAUGUCACCUUUGGCUGUAGAAGACACUGCAAUAUCAGGGUGAAUCCAAAUGAAGAUCAUCACAACAACCCUCCCCACUUGAUUAAUCAAUGUCAGUGAACAGUCAUAGAUAAUGCAACCUUAUUUAAAUACUGAUUUUCU